AGGCAUUUUAGGUAAGAAGAAGAAGCUGAGAAAAGUACCAUAGUGUUCGGUCCGAAUUCAACUCCACUUUUCUCUCUCUCUCAAUUUGUUUCUUUUUUUUUUUUUUCCUCUCUCUCCUUCAAUUUGCGAUUUUUCUGGGUUUCUUGUAAUUGUGAGAAAUAGAUAGAUUCUCAGGGAAAAAAGGGUUUUUUUUUUUUUUUUUUUUUUCUUUUUCUUUUGCUGGUGCAUUUGAUUCGUGGAUCAGCCAUCCUUCUCGAAAGAUUUUGGGGGAAAGAUCAAAAGAAUCACUCGAAUCUUUUUUUUUAGUCGAAGAGCAUGUCAGGUCCACUUGAUCGAUUUGCCAGACCAUCUUUCACUACAGGUUUUGAAGGAUUCUUGAGCAGUGAUGAGAAAAAAGAAAGAAAGUCAGAUUUUGAGAAUUCUGAGGAUGAGAGGAGAACUAGGAUUGGUUCUUUGAAAAAGAAAGCCAUCAAUGCAUCUACCAAGUUCAAGCAUUCUCUUAAGAAGAAGAGCGGAAGAAGAAAGAGUGAUGGUCGAGUGAGUUCUGUCUCCAUUGAGGAUGUGAGAGAUGUCGAGGAGCUUCAAGCUGUUGAUGCGUUCCGACAAGCGUUGUUAAUGGACGAGUUGCUUCCGGAUAGACACGACGACUAUCACAUGAUGUUGAGGUUCUUGAAAGCUAGAAAAUUCGAUGUUGAGAAAGCAAAGCAGAUGUGGGCUGAUAUGAUUCAGUGGAGGAAAGAGUUUGGUACUGACACUAUUCUUCAGGAUUUUGAUUUCGAAGAGAUUAAUGAAGUUUUGAGACAUUACCCACACGGUUAUCACGGUGUUGACAAAGAAGGCAGACCUAUUUACAUUGAAAGACUAGGGAAAGUUGAUCCUAACAGACUCAUGCAAGUUACAAGCAUGGAUCGUUAUGUAAGAUAUCAUGUAAAGGAGUUUGAGAGGUGCUUUAUGAUCAAGUUUCCUUCAUGUACUAUUGCUGCUAAGAGGCAUAUUGAUUCAAGUACAACUAUUCUAGAUGUUCAGGGAGUGGGAUUGAAAAACUUUACCAAGUCUGCUCGAGAGCUUAUCACACGGUUGCAGAAGAUCGAUGGGGACAACUAUCCUGAGACUCUACACCAAAUGUUUAUUAUCAAUGCAGGGCCUGGAUUUAGGCUUCUCUGGAACACUGUGAAGAGCUUUCUAGACCCAAAAACAUCUGCUAAAAUUCAUGUCCUUGGAUACAAGUAUCUACCCAAAUUGCUUGAAGUCAUUGAUGUCAAUGAGUUGCCUGAGUUCUUGGGAGGUGCAUGUACUUGCGCAGAUCAAGGUGGUUGCAUGCUUUCUGAUAAGGGACCUUGGAAAAACCCUGAAAUUGUUAAGAUGGUUCUUCAUGGGGGAGCACAUCGAGCGAGGCAGGUGGUGAAAGUUUUGAACAGCGAGGGGAAAGUCAUUGCUUACGCAAAACCGUCAUAUCCAUGGAUAAAGGGAAGUGACACUUCAACUGCAGAGUCAGGAUCUGACGCUGAAGAUAUCGGGUCUCCUAAGGCUAUUAAGAGUUUCUCUCAUCUCCGCUUGACACCUGUUCGUGAAGAGGCAAAGAUAGCUGGUGAAACAAGCUUGGCUGGUGGUAGUUUUCCGGGGUAUGAUGAGUAUGUACCAAUGGUUGACAAAGCUGUCGAUGCAACCUGGAAGGUGAAACCCGCUGUCCAAAGAGUGGCCUCAAAAGGGGCUUUAAUGUCUCCCACCGUUCCAAACGAUCCUGAAGGCAUUCGAGCUAGAGGUAUAGUCAUGUUCACGGCAAUCUUGAUGGCGGUUUUCACUUUCUUCCGCACAGUAUCUUACCGUGUGACCAAGACUCUUCCAGCGACUACUACUACUACUUCACCACCAGGAACCCAAGUAAACGCAAUAGAACUUGGUAGUACUAAUGGUGAAAGAGUACAAGAGGAGUCUCGUCCUCCUUCUCCUGUACCAGACCUCACGGAAACUGAUCUCCUGAACUCUGUGACUAAGAAACUGACGGAGCUUGAAGGUAAAAUCGGAACUCUCCAAUCAAAGCCGAAUGAGAUGCCAUACGAGAAAGAAGAACUGUUGAACGCAGCAGUGUGCAGAGUAGACGCACUAGAAGCAGAGCUCAUAGCUACUAAAAAGGCGCUUUACGAAGCUUUGAUGAGACAAGAAGAGUUACUUGCUUACAUUGAUCGCCAAGAAGAAGCUCAAUUCCAAAAGAUGAAGAAGAAGAAGAAGAAACAUCUCUUUUGCUUUUAAUUAAGCACCAUGCAGCAUCACAAUCUCUCUCUUCUUCUUCAGACCACGUUCUUAAUUUGAUGUUCUUCUUUAAGGUUAAAAAAAAAACAAAGAAACUCUUCUAUCUGAUUCUGAUGUUAAAAGCUGUUAAUACAGAGAGCUCUGUUUCCUUCUGUGAUUAUGAGCCACGCAUUAUAAUUAUGAAUGUUUUAUCUAUUUUAA